CAAAUGUCAAGUGUCAGCCCUCCAUUGACAGUCAAGCAAACAAAUUGAUUCAGCAAUUUCGAAAAGAAAAUUAUAAUAAAAUACAAAAAUACAGUAAGCAAACCUUCACUACCUUGUCUACUAUAGGUAUACCAGUAAAGCAUUUUAAGCACAAAGUGUUUCUAUUUCAUUGAAGUCGAUCAACAUGGUUUGUGUACCUUGUUUCGUCAUUCCCGUAUUAUUGUUCCUUUGGCAUAAAUUCAUCCAACCUUAUGUUCUUCGCUUUUGGAAUCCCUGGGCAGUCAAAGACGCGGAUGGCAACGUAAAAACCGAAUUUCCAUUUAAAUGCGAAGGCGGAGUAUGUGCGUUCAGCAAGAAGAAGGAUGACAAAUCAAACAAAGACACGGAAGUAAAGGACCAGAAUAUCACUUCGGCACCAGAUAGAAUAAAAGCGGACUAGUGUAACUUAGUACCUAACUUACCAGCAGGCCAAUCAGUUUCAUCACAAUGAUAUUGCUACAUGGUUCGAGCUGGGCUAAUGGUGGAAUUCAUUUCAUUUCUGUGCAUUUAUUUAUUUGUAUCUAUUUUAUUUACUGUUAUUAGAACAGGUGAUCAGUUGUGUGAAAGUGGUGGCUGUGAAUUAUUCCAAUGUGCAAACUUGCAUCAAACCUUAUCCAACAACUAUUAUCCUAAAAUUGAAUUCUGGCACUAAUAAUAUAAUUCAUCAAUUAAGGUUGAAAAUAAAACACUUAUUGGA